GAGAGUGAUUGUAAGGCGCACAUGAAGGCUCCGGACGCCGACAUGUCGGACGGCGCCGCGUCCUCCGAUAGCCGUAAGCGCAGUCGCGAGUCGUCGGCGGAGCCGCGUCGCACGCAUCGCAAGACUGAGACGCGUGUGCUUUUUUCGGAAGUGAUGGCGCAGGAGCGCGAGAUGGAGCGUAUCAAUUACGAGAAGAGCCGCACCCAGCUCUCUUCCCCCACGCAGCUACGCAAGGGCGAGACGGUCGAAUCCCCCGCCAAGAGCUCCAAGAAGAAACGCGCCGAGGAACGACGCACUAAGCGCCAGAAGCUGCGCCGCAACAUGAGUCCACGCUCCCCAGACGGCGGACCGCAGCUGCCACUUCGAGGCGGUGUAUCGCUUGUCAAUUUGGAGGCAGAUGGAGCGCAUACGCAGCGCAAACGUCGCUUCGCUCGGGAUGAAGACGCCAUCCAGGACGCCACGCUGCACUCAACAGCAUGGCGUAACCUUAAAUUCGCCGAGGCUCCGGUAAAUCUGCUACCUGACCGAGACGGCAUUUUGGAACCUUUUGCACUGAAGUUUGACGCCCCAUUGGAGGGUUUUAGCGACGAGCUGAAGGAGAAAUGUGCAAUGUCGACUGAAUUCUUAACGUCCAAGCCCCUAACGAUGAUGUCCGGGACCCGUGGAGAAGCUAAAGAGGAGCUGCAGGUGGAGGAGCGAGUCAAACAAUUGAUAGAAGAAGCCACGCCGAUGAUCAAGAAGUGCCAUGUUGCUCGUGCCAAUAGAAUUAUUGGCAAUACUCGACAACAGAUCGCGGCGUAUCUAGAGCAACGACCAGUGAUACGUGAAAAAGCGUGCACAAUUACCGGUAAGGAAUUGAUUUUAGUGUAGGAUGUUAUGGUAUUUGCUAAUUAUUAUGAUGUCGACAGGACUACCGUUGCAGAUUUCACGGUUAGAGAAGAUUGCUGCGCGGAGACUUCUCCGAGACGACGAAUUCGCGCCGGAAGGAGUUCUUCGUCCUCAUUAUUCGCUUGGUAGAACCGAGGCCGAUCAUUCUGAACAAGUUUACCCCGAAGUGGUGAGGUAUCUCAGCAAGAUUGCUGGAAUUCCGCGCUCUACGACGUGUAUACUCUCAUGUGGAACUCAUCGUGUGGAAGAUGAUCCAAUUAUUCGUUUUGUGCCUUAUUUCAGUGCCAAUAGCGCCAAGAAUAAGGCGCCACAGUUCUCCAGCAUGGAAGUUUGCAAGGAUACCCUUGUAGGAAUGGAUAACGAGGUCAACGAGUACGUAUUGCGGUACGUGGUGAAUGCGUGCGGAGGGGAUCAGGCUGUAUUUGAGGCGCUUCAGCGAUGUGGAGCCUUCUCGCAGCCAUUUGCCAACUAUUCCGAUAUUUUUGAACGCGUUACUCGGGAGAGAUUGUACAAGAAACAUUUGAAGGAGCUGGAAGCACAGCAAAGCAGUAGUAGGACAAUUACCACACUUCUCGAGGAGUGCUUGGCAACACGAACUGGUGCACAUCUUCGUGGACGUUUACAGCCGCUCCCAGCACAUGUACUAUUGAAUCACCUCCAGGAAAAUGGCGAUACAGGGGUGCGAAAAGCUCCAUCGAAGGAAUUCAGAGAGCUCGUGGUUAAGUAUCAGGAUUUCUUCUGCCGCCGCUGUUGUACGUACAGUUGUCGAAACCAUGGCCGUGAGCAGCCUGUUCGUGUCGUUCGUAUCGACCCAAGCUAUCCGGUAGUGAAGGCUUCUGCAAAGUUGUGGCGACGUGUUGAAGAAGAGCAAUUGGCAGAGGAGCUGGCAGAGGAGGAAGAGCAGGAUGAUGCAGAUGAUGAUGAACAAACUCCGGAAUCGGACGAACCAAUGUCCGAGCAGGCACCCGCUGUGGACAGCACUGACAACGAGGAUAGACCAAAAGACCCAGCUGCUGAUAAUGCUGCAUCGACGCGGAGGUCUAUGCGUGCCCAAACAGCUGCAAGCACUAAGGCGUCUUCAAAGCUGAGCGCGAUCCGAUUGAAAAAGCUGGUUCGCUCCAAGACAUCGGACGUGUCGGAGUACCUGGGCUUUGACGGAAUUUAUCAAUCAAUGACACAGGAUAGGAAGACGGAGCUGUUAUCUGCUGAUCUGCGCUGCGGACCUCACUGCUCUAAGCCUGUAUCGGAUACAGCUCAAGAUGAAGAAAUCAUCAGCGUUAAGGCAUUACAGGACAAGAAGUGGGAUGGCUCAGAAAUUGCUCUGUUGAACAAGCUGGAGAGAUGUGUUGGCCCCAACCCGUGCGCUUUAGCAGAGUUGAUUGCCACACGAACUUGUGCUGAAGUCGCUGAAUUCCUCCAAGUGCGUGACAACAGACCACACGAUGAUCUUCGCGAACUUGUCAUAUCUCGAAGUGCCGCGUACGGACGGAAUCGUGAGAGAUCCAAUGGUGUGCUUGGCAACAGCUUUGAGCAUCUCCGACGCACGCGCUCCCAGCGAAUGAAGGACCGUGGUGCGAAUCACGAGUAUGUCCCAUGCAACCAUGAUGGUGGCUCUUGUGACUCAGCGCAAUGCUCGUGCAUGCGUCGUGAUCACUACUGUGAAAAGUCUUGUGGUUGCUCUCCCGAUUGCUCGAAUCGUUUCCCUGGAUGCCACUGUGAAGUGGGUCAGUGUCGAACUUCCGAGUGUCCAUGUUAUUUUGCCGCGCGGGAAUGUGAUCCUGACGUCUGCACCUCGUGCGGUGCCAGCGAGCUUCCAGUUGUUAUGGCUGAUGAGGAAAGCAAGGGCAAAACUAUUGCGCAGCUUAAAACCUGCGGGAAUGUCAAUAUCAUGCGCGGCCAGAUGCGCAAAAUCGGAGUUUCUGCUUCAGAAACCCACGGGUGGGGAGCGUACGCAUUGGAGAGUGUGAAGAAGGGCGAGUUCCUGUAUGAAUACACUGGUUCGCUACUGUCUCAAGACGAAGCAGAGCGACGUGGCAAUGUUUAUGACAAGACGACGAUCAGUUUCCUGUUCGAUCUGACGGAAGACUCCGUUGUGGAUGCCACCCGCAAGGGCAACAAGAGUAAGUUUGCGAAUCACGACUCAGCAGACCCGAAAUGUUUCGCCAGAAUCAUGCUUGUGAACGGAGACCACCGCAUCGGCAUUUACGCGAAGCAAGAUAUUUCAAUUGGGGACGAAUUGUUCUUCGACUAUGGCUACAGUGGAGUAAUUCCGGACUGGAGCCAAGCUCGCAUCGGAUCCAACAAGGAUACUGCAUCAGUUGAAGAGAACGACGACAACAAAUCGAGCCCAGUCGACGUAAAGGAAGAGUAAAAAAACGUCAAGCGAUGGGGUUAUCACUUGACUCGUGACUGGUAGAAUUCGCUAUGAAAAUCAGGACAUGAAUAAAACAUGCUAUUGUUGUUUUAUUCAACUGAAUAAAAACAAAUUCUCGGUAAA